AUGGGCGUCGCUUUCGACAGGUGCGACACACGGCCGGCCAACAUCGAUGCCAUCCUCAGCGGCCUUGACCGAUAUAACCCCGAGACAACCACAGUAUUCCAGGACUACGUCGUGCAACAGUGCGAGGACCGAACUUUCGACUGCUAUGCCAACCUGGCUCUGCUGAAGCUCUACCAAUUCAACCCCCACCUCCUCCAGCCCGAGACCGUCACCAACGUCCUCGUCAAGGCGCUCACCGUCUUCCCCUCUCCCGCCUUCUCCCUCUGCCUCGCUCUCCUCCCUGCCUAUACUCAGCCCUUCCCUGCCUCUGAGGCCGAGGCCCAGUCCGCACAAUCCUCCGACUUUGUCGAAUCCGUCCAGAAGCUCGCUCGCCUUUCCUCGCUCCUCGAGUCCGCCCAGUAUGCUCAAUUCUGGUCUACCCUGAACUCCGAUGACCUGUACGCCGACCUUGUUGCCGACGUCGCUGGUUUCGAGGAGCUCGUCCGCAUCCGCAUCGCCGUUGAGGUCGGCAAGGCUUUCCGCGAGAUCAACGCUGAGGUCCUCGAGCAGUGGCUCGAUGUCAGGAACCGCGAGUCUCUGGAGAAGUUCGUUACCGAGGUGUGCAGCUGGGAGGUCGACAAUUCGGGCGACAACACCAUCAUCCGUGUGCCCACGAACAAGGAGAACGAGGCUCGCAGCGAAGUCAAGAGCGAGCGCGUUGGCAUGGAGAUGUUCGGCCGUGUUAUCCGCCGAGGAUUCGAGCAGGCCGCAUAA